CCGGGCCGAUCUCGGAUUCCCAGGCACACGCAGAGAACUGAGCAACCGCCACUGAUUGCCACCGAAACCACCCAAUCCGCUACACUCUGGGCUUGACUACUUCCGCCUUGAAGCAGGACGUCCGGACCCAAUUCCAAUGACUUCCGGCGGAAGCAGGAAGUUUCAACCUCAGGCCUGUGGUGAGUUCGGCUGGCCGGAUCCCCGGGCAUAGCGCGGUGAGGUGAGCGGUUGGGCCGGAGCGGGCGGAUCCACGGCACCAGAGCCCUUGGAGCCGGCCUCGCCAUGGCGUCGUAUACGUGCAUCACCUGUCGGGUGGCGUUCAAGGACGCGGACAUUCAGCGCGCCCACUACAAGAGCGACUGGCACCGCUACAACCUGAAGCGGAAGGUGGCCGACAUGGCCCCGGUGACCGCGGAGAACUUUCAGGAGCGGGUCUUGGCGCAGCGGGCCGUGGCCGAGGAGGAGAGCAAAGGCACCGCCACCUACUGCACCGUCUGCAGCAAGAAAUUCGCCACCUUCAAUGCGUACGAGAACCACCUCAAGUCCCGCAGGCACUUGGACCUGGAAAAGAAGGCGGUCCAGGCCGUCAACAGGAAAGUCGAGAUGUUGAACGAGAAGAACCUGGAGAAGGGGCUGGCCCCCGACGGCCUGGACAAGGAUGCCAUGAACUCGGCCAUCCAGCAGGCCAUCAAAGCCCAGCCGUCCAUGUCCCCUCGGAAAGUAGCCCCGGUGCCCGGCGUGUCUCGGGGUGGGGUGGAGGCUGCCGGUGGAUCCCAGCCCCAGGACAGGGACCCCGCCGAGAAGGCUCCCCGACUGCAGUGGUUUGAACAGCAGGCAAAGAAGCUAGCCAAGCAGCAGGGAGGGAGUGAGGAGGAAGACGAGGACAUGGAAGGAGAUGACUGGGAAGAUAUUGAUUCAGAUGAAGAGAUGGACUCUGAAGGUGCUGAGGAUCAAGAUGAGGCUGAUGCAGUUAUAGAAAACCCACCUCCUGGGGCCAUUCCUGUAACAGACUGUUUGUUUUGUUCUCAUCACUCGAGCUCACUCAUGAAGAAUGUGGCUCACAUGACAAAAUUUCAUAGCUUUUUCAUCCCUGAUAUAGAAUACCUUUCUGAUCUUAGGGGACUGAUUAAAUAUUUAGGGGAGAAAGUUGGUGUAGGGAAGAUUUGUUUGUGGUGCAAUGAGAAAGGGAAAUCCUUCUACUCUACUGAAGCUGUGCAGGCUCACAUGAAUGACAAAAGCCAUUGUAAACUCUUCACAGAGGGAGAUGCUGCUCUGGAAUUUGCAGACUUCUAUGAUUUUAGGAGUAGCUAUCCAGAUCACAAGGAAGGUGAGGACGCUGAAGUGUCUGAGGAGUUACCUUCAGAAAAGAAUUUAGAAUAUGAUGAUGAAACCAUGGAGCUGAUUCUGCCAUCAGGUGCCAGAGUUGGUCAUCGUUCCUUGAUGAGGUACUACAAACAACGGUUUGGUUUGUCAAGAGCUGUUACAACUGUCAAAAAUCAGAAAGCAGUGGGCAGGGUGCUCCAGCAAUACAGAGCCCUGGGAUGGACUGGGAGCACAGGAGCCACUCUUCUGCGGGAGCGUGACAUGCAGUAUGUUCAGAGGAUGAAAUCAAAAUGGAUGCUAAAGACAGGAAUGAGCAACAAUUCGACAAAACAGAUGCAUUAUAGGGCUCAAGUGAGGUUCUAAGUGACCUUUUGGGAAUGUUAGAGGUAGGGUUCAGUGCAAUCUCAUUGCUUCAGAAGUUCCUGAUUUGUCUUGGAUCUUGAUGUCUGAUAGUGUGAUAAAACCUCCUCAACUGCUAUUGCACUAUUCCCCCCAUCACUUUUAUCUAUCAUAAUUCUGAAAAUCAUUCAGUUUUCAACUGUCAUCUCUGUCAAAUUCUAAAUUUUAAAGGUUUUAUAUGUACAGAAUGAAAUGUACUGGAGUCAUCACUGUGCUCAAUAACAUGUUUUAGUUUGUCAGUUGGGCUUAAGCUUUUAGAUAACUUUAUGUAUCAAAGCAGUAUAUCCAAUGAAAGAAAUGAUUGAGAGACUUUCAAGAUGACUUGUCAAAUCCAAUCUUAGUCUAACUUCUACAACAACAGUUUUUCACAUCAUGGUGUGGCGGAAUUAUCUAUGGACCAUCUAUGGCAGUUUUGAGACUUAAUGAUUUCUAUGAAGAGAAUUGGACUUUUCACCUCUCCAUAAAGUUUGUAUGACUAUCUCUGCUGGUGCUGAGAUAAAACUGCACUGUAUCAAUUCAUUAAACCAGAGCAUCCUCCAGGAGGUAUUUCAAA